AUGGUUGUGUACUUGCAUGACGUGAUGCCGAGGAUUGGCUUGCGCUGGCGGUACUAUUCCCACAACGGCGCCCAUUUUAUGAUCACGCCCCACACUCGCCGUGACACGGCCAUAUUCACAGCUCUCUGUGCUCUCGUUGAGAGCGCUCUUCCUGGUGCCAAGAUGAGCUCCCGCCCGGCAAAGAACCAAGCCGAGCGGUACUUUGUCGAGGCUGUCAACGCUGCCACUCGCUUCGUCCGCAAGACCCCAGCCAUGCUGGACUACAUGGACCCCUUGGCUGGCCUCGGCUUGACCGGAGUCCAAGAGCGGGGUGUGACGAACCGUUACAAGCACAGGAGUAUUAUCGCUGGGAUAGAACAAUAG